AUGUCAGAAGAUAAAUCAGGUUCACUUUAUUCUUUAUCAAAGCUUUGCGAAAAGUUAAAAGAAGAAUCAACACAUUCUGGUAAAACUCAAAUUAUUUCAUCAUUUUGUAAAGUUUUCAAUGGUGACUUAUAUUUAUUGGCAAAGUUAUUAUUAUGUAAAGAGGAUAAAAGAGUUUUUAGAAUGAGGGAUAAAGUAAUGCUAAAAAUUUGUGCUCAUAUAUGGGAUGCAGAUUUAGAUGACAUGAUUGCAGAUCUGGAUAAUGGUGAUUUCACUGAAACUUGUAAAAAAUUUUAUAUAGAAUAUGGAAAAUAUCCAGAAAAAAGUACUUUAACAUUAAAACAAGUUGAUGAUUUUUUAGAUUCAUUGACAUUAUCUGGCAAAUUUGAUGAACAGGUAAAAAUUAUUUCAAGUUUAUUAAAGAAAUGUACACCACAGGAUUUCAGAUUAAUUUGCAGAAUUAUUGAUAGCGAUUUAAAAAUUAACACAGGCGCAAAAUUCUUUUUGGAUGCAUUGCAUCCAAAUGCAUAUGAUGCCUAUAAAAAGGCAAAUAAUUUACAUGGCGUAAUAGAAAAGAUUCAAAAGCACUCAUUCGAGUCUGAUGAGGAGUCUGAUGAUGAACGUUCAUCCUCCUCUUCAAGUAAUAAAAAGAAAUCCAAAAAAUCAAUCGAUUCAGACGAUUCUGAUAAUGAAAAGUCAAGUAGUAAAAAGAAAUCAAAAUCAAAAUCAAAAUCAUUUGAUGUUGCAAUUAAAUUAAUGACACCAAUUAAACCAAUGUUACCAAAGGCUGUAAAGGAUGUUGAUGAUGUUGCAAAAAGUAGUAGUUGUUUUUAUUCUGAAAUCAAAUAUGAUGGCGAGCGUAUUCAAAUUCACAAAGAUGGAAAUAAAUUCAGUUGUUUCUCGCGUAAUCUAAAGCCAUUAAUGCCAUGGAAAGUAGAUGAGGUAAAGCAAUAUAUUCCAAAAGCAACCAAGGCCAAUCAAAUGAUUCUAGAUGGUGAGGUUCUUUUAAUGGAUACUAAAACUGGUAUUCCUUUACCAUUUGGUACAUUAGGUGCCCACAAAAAGAAAGGUUUCAUUGAUGCCACCGUUUGUGUCUUCUUAUUUGAUAUUCUUUAUUUGGAUGGUAAAUCACUUAUCCAUUUACCUUUAGAAGAAAGAAGAGAGAUUUUAGAAAAGAAUGUUACAGUGGUUAAACAUCGUGUUGAAUUCUCAGAGGUCACCAUCGUCAAAGGUAUUCAAGAAAAAUACAAGCUCACUAAUCUCUUAAAUAGAGCAUUCAAAGAGAAGUUAGAGGGUUUAGUAAUCAAAAAUGCUGACAGUAUUUAUGAACCAGGUGCUAGACAUUGGAUCAAGGUAAAAAAAGAUUAUAUCAAAGGUAUGGCCGAUAGUGCCGAUCUUAUUGCAAUUGGCGGUUAUUAUGGCUCUGGUAGUUUUGGUGGUUUGGUAACUGUUUUCCUUAUGGCCUGUUACGAUAAAGUUUCAAAGAGAUAUAAAACCGUAGUCAAAGCAUCAGGUGGUCUAGAUGAUAAAACCAUUGACAAGCUUCAACCAAAAAUUAAAGAGACCAUGAAAAAGAUUUCAAAAGAUCACACCAAAGUACCAGAUUGGAUCGAUAUCAACAAACCUUAUACACCAGAUUUUAUUGUUGAACACCCAAGAGAUGCAAUGAUUUUAGAAAUUGAGUCUGCAGAGCUCACCAAAACAAAUUACCAUACCUCUGGUUAUUCUAUGCGUUUCCCUAGAAUUGUUAGAUUCAGAGAAGAUAAAGAUUAUAAAACUGCUACAAACCUUCAAGAAUUAAUGGAGCUUGGUAAAGAUGCUAAAAUUAUUCCAACAGAUGAUAUAGAGGGUGAAUUUGACGAUGAAAAUUUAAUUGCUAAAAGAAAUAAAAAAAAAUCAUUAUCAAUUACCGCCACAACAUCUACCACUACCACAACCACCACAAGUAGCAAAUCAAAAGAUAAAGACCAACAACAGAGUGAUAAUGAAGAAGAGGACAGUAAGACAAAGGAUAAAUUAUUUUAUGUAGGUGGAGAUUUAACACAACCUUUUAGUGGAUCGGGUGAUACCAGCCCAAAUAUAUUUGUUUUAAAUUAUGUGGAUAAUACCGAUAAAUGGAAUAAUAAAGGUAUAUCUGGUGCCAUUAGUAAAAGAUUUCCAAAAGUUGUAGAAUCAUUUGAAAAAAUUAAAAGUGGCGAAUCAAAGUCUGAAAAGGUUUUAGAAGAAAAUAUAGAUAAAGAAAAGAAAAAAAUAUUUGUAUGUAACUUAUCUUGUAUAGUCCCACCAAAAUCAAAAGAUGAAUCAUAUAGUUUCUCUUUAAAGCAUUUCAAAUCUGCAAUUAAAGAAUCCAAAGGUGUUAUUAAAAAUAAGAAUGGUUCAGUGCAUAUAGCUAAACCAUCAUUCUCUAAACCAUCGUGGUCCGAAAUUGAAGAGGUUUUAAUAGAUGAACUUUAUGACUCUGGUAUUAAAGUUUUUGUUCACUCAAUUAAAUCACCACCAUCAGUUUCAAAAACUUCGACUCUUUCAUCUAAAACAACUACAAUAGAUGUUUCUGUAAAUAAUAAUAAUAAUAAUAAUAAAAAUGAAAAUGAAAAUGAAAAAACUAGUUUAAAAAGAGAUCGUGAUCAAAUGUUAGAGCAUGAAAUAUUAAAGGAAUUGGAGGAAAAGGAAUUGGAAGCACCAGUGUUUGGCAAUGUAAAUGUAGUAUUCGACCAAUCAGUUUUGGAUAAUCAAAAAUUAGCAAAGAAAUGUGAAAGACUGAUAAAGAUUUUAGGUGGUCGUGUUUCAGAAAAAUGGUGUGCCAUUAAAGGAUUAGAUAAAACCACACACCUUAUUUGUGAUGAUGGAGAAAGUGAUCUUUAUCAUCAUGUAUCUAGAUUAGGUGGGGCCAUAGCCAAAACACAAUGGGUCGAAGAUUGCUUCAACAACGAUUUGUUACUACCAAUCGACGAAAUUUACUGUUAUGUUUCCAAAAAUGGUUCUUCAACAUCUCAAAACCAUUCUUCAAAGUCACUCGAUACAAAUACAACCAAAAACAGUAAUGCAAUGCAAAUUGAUAAAUUGGGCGAGUCAACAUCAACAUCAAAAAAGGAAGAAAAACAAUGUAAAUCAUCACCAUCGCCAACAAAAAAACAACACCUUUUAAAUAUUUUCAGCGACUGUAGUAUUUAUUUACACGAAAAUGUAAAUGACAGGGACACAUUAAAAAGAUAUAUAGUGGCAUUCGGAGGUGAUGUUGUAGAUCAAAUUAAUGAAAAAACAACCCACUUAAUAGCAUCUUUACCCCCAAAUUUUUCGACCGUUAAACCAAAAGAUUUAUUUAAACAAUUUUUACAACAAAACAAAACCCACAAUAAAAAAAUUGGAAAUUCACUUUGGCUGUGGGAUUCAAUUAAUAUGGGUGAAGUUUUAGAUAUCAAAUCUUAUAAAUUAUUUUAA